CACAAAGAGAAGACGUCUACUUUGAGUCAAAGUUUGACAUCACCAUGGCACCGUCUUUUGCAGAUCUCCUGCCCAUACCAGAAGAGCGUCUGCCGACCUACGCUGUGGCCGCGCUCGUGCUCUAUUUCUCUCUACGCCCGCUCUUCAACGUGGAUCGCGCGCUCGCCAAGAUCUGGCCGUCGCUAGUGCUUCUCUUCGCCUACUACCGCUACCGCCUAGCCGUCACGUCAUCGCCCACGAGCUUCUUCCUGCAGCUGUGGACGGCAGCGCAGCAGCGCGCCCCUGCGGUGGAAGCUGUCUUCAGCGACACGCUGAUGCUCGUGCUGGCCGUCACCGCCUUCUCCAACGCUGUGCAGACCCUACGUCACAUGCGCUACGUCUCUCGCAAGAACAUGCUGAACGUAGUAGGUGGCGCCGUGGUGAAUGCUCUCAAGAAGCUGCCAAUCAUAUCCGCCAAGGUGGCAGACGAGAUGCGCAAGAUCGAGAGCGAGGUGGAGCACUCGCUCAAGGGCAACGACCCACUGUCCGGCAAGAUGGAGAAGCUACGUGCUCUUCCUGAUCGAGGUAUGGACGACAAGAAACUGCUGACCUUAAUGGAAGAUCUGGCAGGCAACAGCGACGACAAGUGGAGAGACGGACUCGUCUCAGGAGCUGUAUACCACGGCGAGAAGGAACAUCUGGACGUGCUGAACAAGGCUUACGCGCUAUUCGCAGUGACCAAUCCGCUACACGCUGACUUGUGGCCGGCAGUGAAUAAGUUUGAAGCUGAGGUCAUCGCCAUGACGGCAGCAUUGAUGAACGGAGGCCACCCAGAAGUCUGUGGGACGCUCAGCUCCGGCGGUACGGAGAGCAUCUUCCUCGCGACCAAGACGCAUCGAGAGCACUACCGUCACAAGCACGGGAUUACUAAACCCGAGAUCAUUGCGUGUGUGACUGCACAUGCAGCUAUUGAUAAGGCCUGUGAGAUCCUGGGUAUUAGACUAAUCAAGGUGCCUAUGAACCCCAAGACACUGAAGAUGGACCUGAACGCAGUACGCUGGAGCAUUUCAGCCAAUACGAUCAUGCUUUACAGUAGUGCCCCCAACUUCCCACACGGCAUGAUCGACGAUAUUGAGGCGCUCUCGACACUGGCAGUGCAGAACGACGUCGGUCUUCACGUCGACUGCUGUCUCGGUGGAUUCGUACUGCCAUUUGCACGCCAGCUCCGUAACGAUAUCCCUGUAUUCGACUUUGCGCUGCCAGGUGUAACCAGCAUGUCGUGUGAUACACACAAGUACGGCUACGGCUCCAAGGGCACGUCGGUGGUGCUGUACAAGAGCCCGGAGAUUCGACGAUUCCAAUAUUUCUCGUACGCGGAUUGGACUGGCGGACUGUACGCAACCCCCACGCUGGCCGGCAGUCGUCCUGGCGCACUGAGUGCUGCAGCGUGGGCGUCCAUGGUGCGUCUCGGACGUGAAGGAUACCUCGAGAAGACGAAGGGGAUUUUGGACACUGUGGACGAGAUCAAGGCUGGUAUCAAGCGUAUCGAUGGCAUCCACUUGCUGGGCGAUCCGAAGGCGAUGGUGGUGAGCUUCGCUGGUGACAAGGGCGUGAAUGCACUUAAAGUCAGUGAUGCGAUGGCGAAACAUGGAUGGAGUCUUAGUCCGCUACAACACCCGAUUUCGGUGCAUUUGUGUGUGACGGUUCGCCACAUUGGCAAGGCGAACAAGUUCCUGAAUGCACUCGAAGAAGCUGUGAACGAAGUGAAGCAAGACCCCAACCCGUCGCCUGAGGGUGGCAGCGCCAUCUAUGGCAUGGCCUCCAGCUUGCCGGCGGGACCUGUGGAUGAUCUUCUUCGUAUCUACACGGACAUUACGCUGAAGGUCUAAGAGGAAAGCAAUGGAUUUAUUUUUUGUAUGAGAAAAA